UGCAGUCAGCAGCUCCAGGAAAGUUGGCCUCAAAGUUGAACGGAGCUGAAGUCUCCAGCUUCUGGGAGCUGUAGCGGUGGCGGCAGCGGCGGUGGCGGUGGCGGCAGGUUCCAGCUGUGGACGCGGCUAGCCUCGAGACGCUCUUCUGAGUCUUCCAGAGCCCAGCCGGCCCCAGUCUCCUGCAAAACACAGCCACCCUCAUCCUGAAGGUUUGAGAUCUGGGCUGGGAAAUGGCGUGCUGAGGAGCCUCGGGAGCAUUCUGUCCCUUCCUGGACCUGAAGAAACGCAAGGCCCCAGCUAACAUGGCCAACCCAGUGCAGACUCAGUUUCAAGACCCGGGCUCCACCUCACCCCUGGACCUGCCCGAGAUGGAGAAGCUUCUCACCAAAGUGGAGAACAAGGAUGACAAAGCCCUGAGUCUGUCCAAGUCUCUGUCGGGGACUCUGGACCUGGAGCAGAAUGGUCACAGCCUGCCCUUCAAGGUCAUCUCUGAGGGCCACCGUCAGCCUUCCCUCCCUGGCUCCCCUUCCCGGGCCAGCUCUCGGCGAGCGUCCUCUGUCAUCACCACCUCCUACGCCCAGGACCAAGAAGCCCCCAAAGAUUACCUGGUCCUUGCCAUUGCCUCUUGCUUCUGCCCUGUCUGGCCCCUCAACCUCAUCCCCCUCAUCUUUUCCAUCAUGUCUCGAAGUAGUGUGCAGCAGGGGGACCUGGAUGGGGCAAGGAGGCUGGGCCGCCUGGCACGGCUGCUCAGCAUCACCUUCAUCAUCUUGGGCAUUGUUAUCAUCAUUGUGGCUGUCACUGUCAACUUCACAGUUCAGAAGUAACCUCCGAGCUGUUUCUAGCGGAGGCAGAUGCCAGCCAGCUGGAGAGCUCCGAACCCCCACGUCCCCACACAUUACCGAAGAUAGGAUGGUGGCUGCUACGCGCCCACCUGUUCCCAAGCUCCAAAAGCACAACCUUGGGGGGAGACCUCCACGUCACUCCACUGUCAGCCCGAGGCAGAGGGAAGGAGAAUCUGGAAGGAAGUUGGCUGUGAACUCGAUCUCACGAUCACAUCACCUCAGUUCUCGGGCUUGUUUCUCGUCCCACAGUUCCUGGACUUCCAUGUAGCGUAAACUGCCAGAGUGGGAAGAAAACUGGCCCCACAGCCGAGAAAGAGGCACCGCGCCCUCUGGGUGUCUGUGGACAUGAGCGCAUCCGGGCCGCUGUCUUUUCUAUUUUUCUUGAGGGGGACCAAACAGACAGCUUGCAUGCUUUGUGCCGAGCAUGCGCUGUGAUCCCAGCCAGAGCCCAUGGUGAGACUGUCACUCAGCAUGGGCCCUGCAUACCAACCCACCGGCAGAGGCAAGACCCAUACGGAAGUUCCCCACCGGAUAGGGACACUCUUACUGAACCGCCGCCUCGAGGCUUCUCUACCAAGGACUCUGGUUCCGAGUGCCUUGCAGAACAUGGAGUCUGCCUCUUGCUUCCCACCUGGUCUGUACCCUUGGGGCAUCAACCUGGAAGUCCUAGAACUUGACUUGACCCAGGUCAGCCAUUGAGGAGGGACAGAGCCUCGCUCUCUCCUGCCUCUGACUCUUUGGAGGUCUGAGAUACCACCUUGGUAACCCAUGCAAGUGGCUCAGGGACUAUACGGGGCAUUCAGGGUAUCCUGUCCAGAAAAGUUGAGGUGGACCCUGCCUUCAGGCUGUUAGCCCAGCUCUAACGGAUACUCUGUGCCUGGUCCUGUGUCCCUGGCCGUCCUCAGCAACAAAGACUUUCCCUAGAGGUAACUUUGAGGCUUCUGCUGGACUAUUCUGUUCACAGGCUCUGGGGAGUCUUUGCUGUGAUUGGCUAGGGAGUGGGCUAUAGCGUUCUUAGGAAGGCUUGUUAUUUCUUGAUCUGGAGUCCCAGGAGUCUAGAAGGAAAGCCACAGCUGGAGGGUCAGUCAGGAGAGUGGGGGUUGGGGCAGGAAACAGAGCCCACAGCCGCUUGUCUUAGGACCUAGCAGAGCAUGGGAAAGGAGCCGAACAGAGCCCUCUGCCAACCAGCCUCGUGCUUUUUGCUUCUGUGCUUCCCCAGUUUUCUGCCCGGCACAGGCUGUGCCCCCAGGGGCUUCACCUGAUAGCUUUGCCUGCUCUGAGCACCCCUUUCCAAUUCACCACAUUCAGCUCAGACCUGGGAGAGAGGAAUGAU